GCUAGCGUUAAGCUGUUUCAGUGGGUCGCUUUAACACGUGGCACAAAGACCGGAAGUGGUUGGUGAACCUCUGCAAGCCAAGCCGAAUGGAUGGGUCAUUAUUCCAUCAUCACGCUAAUAAUGACUAAAAGCUUUAAAUCUCUUACCAGCAGUAGCUUCAACUUCCAGCAAUGAAGAUGAGGUUGAAGCUGAAGUCUGUGUUCGUGCUAUACUUCAUGGUCUCUCUCCUGGGUCUCAUCUACGCCCUCAUGCAGCUCGGUCAACGUUGCGACUGCACAGGGCAUGACAUCCCCAAGGAGCGUGUCAUAUCGCGACUGCGAGGGGAGUUGCACCGCCUCCAGGAGCAAAUGAGGAAAUCAGGCGAGAUCCAACAACCCCAAAAAGACCCCAAGUCCUCCCUGCCCACCAUCUUUGUCAUCACUCCCACAUAUGCCAGGCUGGUUCAAAAGGCUGAGCUGACCCGCUUGUCCCAGACGUUCCUCCACGUUCCGCAGCUCCACUGGAUCGUAGUGGAGGACUCCAAUCACAAGACGCCACUCGUGCGCGACCUUUUGGCAAAGAGCGGCCUCACCUACACGCACCUUCACGUGGCCACUGCCAAGGAGCGCAAACUGCAGGAGGGUGACCCCAACUGGCUGAAGCCUCGUGGUGUGGAGCAGAGGAACGAGGCACUGCACUGGCUCAGACAGGAGACUCACAAACAGCAGGGGGUGGUCUAUUUCGCUGAUGAUGACAACACUUACAGCCUGCAACUAUUUGAAGAGAUGAGGAACACGCAGCGUGUGUCUGUGUGGCCUGUGGGACUGGUCGGCGGGAUGAAGUAUGAGAAGCCUGUGGUGGAAGGAGGAAAGGUGGUGCGCUUCCACACCGGCUGGCGUCCCAGUCGUCCCUUCCCAAUGGACAUGGCUGGUUUUGCAGUGUCCCUCAAGCUGGUUCUGGCCAAUCCGGACUCCUGGUUCGACGGCAUGGCGCCUAUGGGCUUCCUGGAGAGCAGUUUCCUGCAGGGUCUCGUCACCAUGGACCAGCUGGAGCCCAAAGCGGAUGAUUGUUCCCUUGUGCUGGUGUGGCACACACGCACAGAGAAGCCCAAGAUGAAGCGGGAAGAGGCUCUGCAGGCUCAGGGUCUGGGCUCAGACCCUCACGUGGAGGUCUGAGGAGCACACUCACAUGUACAUUUCAGCUAUUUAUUUAAUAGUGUUUUUGUUUACUGGAAAUAAAAGAAUCAAGAGCGGGGCUUAGAGUAACACCGUCACGUACCAGUUUGGUUUUAAAGUUGGCAUAACUGCCCCCGCUGUAACGGACCUCAGAUUAAAACAUUUCUUUGUUUUUGCAUGACACACACAACUGCCGAAAAAUACAACUUUUUUUUGUACUACCUACUGUCAACAACACAAGAUACAAGCUAUCAGGAUAUUACAGGAAGGCUUUAACUGUAUUCCUGCCAAUCAAGGGAAAUGUUUUAUGAAGACACAAUAAAAGAGAUCUCUUUGUAUGUGUAUUAUGUAGGGUUGGCCAUCAUUUCAAUUUCAACAAUGAUUUCUUGUUUCAAUUCUUUUUUUCUUUUUUUUUCAAUUUUUCUUUCAAUUUUUUCUAGUUUCAAUUCUGGUUAAUGACGAUUCUCGAUCUGAUGUUAUUAAGAGUUAGGGUCAAAUAAGUGGGAUUGUUUUAUAUGACCUUUUUAAUCAACAUUACUAUUAAUUUCUUACAGGGCUAUUUUCAAGCAGGAUAUAAAUAUCAAACCAUUCAACUUGAAUACACAUUUAAAAGUUUUGUUUUGAAAAAAACAUUUUUUUACAGGGGUACACUUUUGCCAGUUGUAUAUUUUGUUAGGUGUAAGCUUUUUAUAUAGCACCCUUAUUUUGUUACAAACAAGUAAACAGGAUGUAGCAGGUUCUUAUUUUGAAUGCCGGAAGUGUGUUGGGCGAGUUGAGAAGGUCCCUUGACCGUACAUAUUAACAAAGCUGCCCAACCGUAGCUCCCAUCCUGAAACUCUUGGUUACAUUGGCAUGACAUAGACGUCAUUUAUUCUUUGACCUCCGCUUGCUGAGAGGAGAGAAAGUCCGACGUAGUGCAUCAAAGAUGAGGUUAUUUCCACCAUGAAUGUGUAAACAUUAAUCAUGUGGGUCGAGCACUCUCCUUUGCUUGAUGUCAUUGUGUUGCAAAUGUUGCAUUGUGCCAACCUUCUUCUUCACUGGUGCUUGCCGGCUUCUUCUUUGUUGGUGUUUGCGGCUAUUCAAGUCUGCGAUGUGGGCAUUGAAACUACUAAUCAAAAUAAAAACAUUUGUAAAAUCCUGGGAGAAUUGGAAUGUUAUCCAACCCUUAGUAGUAAUAUGUUCUGUUAGUAUGUUAUGUCAUAUUUGAUCCUAACAUUGUACACUGUUUGUGACAAUAAAUUAUUUGUAAGUUUUCAUGCAUGUUUAUUGAUAGUUUGUAGGUGGCAAGUCCUACAUCCACAGGUAAGUCAAUUAAAAUCUUUUUAAUGGCUAAAUUGAACUGAAGUAUAAGAGGAAAUUUGUAUUUUAAAAGUGUCAAUCCACAGAAAUAUACUAGUGAGUCAUGCUUUGCACGUCAGUUGUCUGUCUGAACUAACCAUGACUAACUUCCUGGUGACAAUCAUCUUUCUGCCCUCAGGAUCAUCAUCAAUGCUAUCCAAGCUCAGGCCUGUUUGAUGGUUGCCUUGGAAACCAACUCCGAACAUCCAGAUCAUUUAAAAGUGCCACAACAUGAUUGAAACUUCCAAGCACUUCACUAGCCGUGUUUUAGGGAUCUAAAAGCAGGUGCAAAAAGGUAUGAUUGUGUUCAUUGUGAUGACGUGCAUGCAGCAGGAACAGCCACUGUGUGUGUGUGUGUGUGUGUGUGUGUGGGCGUGCGACACGUUUGCGUGAUUAGGGGGAGUAGACUCAACUCAACUCCAAGCGCCCAGACACUCAUUCCCCCUCGCACACACGCUGAUCAGUGAGCCUCACA